GUCGGCGGUGGGAUUAUGCGCCACCUGCUCCUGCCCCGCCGCCUCGCCGCCAUGGCCCCCUUCGCCGGCUCCGCCGCGACCAAAGCCCUCCUCCUAAACCCCUCCGGGCUCGCCGUCCGCGGCCGGCUUCCCUCCCCGCCCGCCCGCCUCCCUGCCCCUGGCGCCCGCGUCUUCCGCGGGGCCUCGCUCCGCUGCUACGCCGCGGUGGCCGAGCAGCACCGCAUCAAGGUCCAGAACCCCAUCGUCGAGAUGGACGGUGACGAGAUGACGCGGGUAAUAUGGAAGAUGAUAAAGGAUAAGCUUAUCUUCCCGUACCUGGAGCUGGAUGUAAAGUACUUUGACCUCGGGGUGCUCAACCGGGAUGCCACCGAUGAUAAGGUCACCGUCGAGAGUGCCGAGGCUACGUUGGAGUAUAAUGUUGCUGUUAAGUGUGCUACAAUUACUCCUGAUGAAACAAGAGUCAAAGAGUUCAAGCUCAAGUCCAUGUGGAGGAGCCCAAAUGGCACCAUCAGGAACAUUCUAAAUGGAACUGUUUUCCGGGAGCCCAUCUUGUGUAAAAACAUUCCACGGAUACUUACUGGUUGGAAGAAGCCCAUCUGCAUAGGAAGACAUGCAUUUGGAGAUCAGUAUCGAGCCACUGACACAAUUAUUAAUGGUCCAGGAAAGCUUAAGAUGGUUUUUGUCCCUGAUGGAGCUGAGCCGGUGGAGCUAGAUGUACAUGAUUUUAAAGGUCCUGGAGUUGCGUUAGCAAUGUACAAUGUGGACGAGUCUAUUAGGGCAUUUGCUGAGUCAUCAAUGGCAAUGGCUCUGUCCAAGAAAUGGCCUCUUUAUCUGAGUACCAAGAAUACAAUACUCAAAAAAUACGACGGCAGAUUCAAGGACAUUUUUCAGGAGGUAUAUGAAGAGAAUUGGAAAGACAAGUUUGAGGAAAGCUCAAUAUGGUAUGAGCACCGUUUGAUUGAUGACAUGGUCGCGUAUGCUGUGAAAAGCGAAGGAGGAUAUGUCUGGGCAUGCAAAAACUACGAUGGCGAUGUUCAGAGUGACUUCCUUGCCCAAGGUUUUGGUUCUCUGGGUUUGAUGUCAUCUGUUCUGUUAUCUUCUGAUGGGAAGACAUUAGAGGCAGAAGCUGCACAUGGGACUGUCACUAGACAUUUCAGGCUACAUGAGAAGGGACAGGAGACGAGUACCAACAGCAUAGCUUCUAUAUUUGCUUGGACUCGUGGGCUAGAACAUAGAGCAAAGCUGGAUAAGAAUGACAGGCUGCUGGAGUUCACACAGAAGCUUGAAUCUGCAUGUGUUGAAACUGUGGAAUCUGGGAAAAUGACAAAGGAUCUUGCACUUCUUAGCCAUGGCCCCAAGGUAACAAGGGAGUAUUACCUGAGCACCGAGGAAUUCAUUGAUGCUGUGGCUCAGAGGCUGCAAGAGAAGAUCCAGAUACCGGCUGCGUUGUAGUCCACCAUUUCCAGAUGCUAUUUAUCGCUGGAAGCCUGGUACGGGUUGGGUGGGAUCAGCUUCGCUCUGGCGGUGCUCAUGCGGCGCACAUUUUGAUUGGGAGGAUGAGACAGAGGACCCCAUCCAGUUGGGUUUUUGUCUGGAAGUAAUUUUGCUAAGGCAUGCCAUUUUGUCGUGUUAAUAAUAACCUUCUAUAUGGGACAUCCUCUUGAGCGUAUAUUGGGUAAAUAAUGGUCCAUAUGCCAGUGAAUUAUUCAGUACAUCAGAUUAGCCUCUCUUAUUCAUUCUUCUUUUGCUCAAUUCUAUCUAGUGCUUUUCG